CGCUCGCGAAGCGCGCGAGCUCGCCGCGGUCGUCACGGAUCUCGACGCGUCGCGUCAUCGUCGGGUCAGUACGAAUAACGCGUGUCUUUUGACAGAAAAAAGCCGCACCGCGCGAAACAAACAAGGUGCGCGGCAACGUACCGGAGCUGCCGUGAUUUUCCUCACGUGCGAGUAACGCGGGAAGGCACCUCGGAGAUUAAUCCGAACCCUCCUCAUUUGCUCGCCGGGAUUUCUGACAUACGGGAUUCAGCCGAGUAAGGAAUUUUAUUUUCGUCUCGUCAAUGAGAAAUUCACGGGAGCAAGCGCGAACGAAAGGCACAGAAGGCCUACAAGUCCGGGAGUUUGACGUGUACUUUGGCCCUUAUUCUGAACUGUCUUUUAACGAUGAAAGUGCUGCUAAGUGUGCUUACAAACCAGUCGGAAGACUCACAAGUCACAGAAUAAGGACCUAUGUUUCAAUACGGCUUGAAUACGACGCAUCACAGAACGUAGUCAAUGGUCCAAUGAGAAAACUUGUUUUGGAUUCAUUUCCAGAAGUUAAAUUCUCUUAUUGGGCUGUUGGUUACGUUCUGAAAUGCAUUGAAGAAGAAGUGUUCAAAUCAUAUUAAGAUCAUUCAAGCAGAGCAGAAAAUCACGAUAACAUUAACCCUCAAACGACAAGGUAAAAUUAUGGAACAUAAACAACGAUAUCAAGGUAGGCCAUGUAUAAUCCCAACGUUUCUUGAGUUUAUUUUUUUCUUUUACAUAUUAAAAUUAGGAUAAAUCAACAAUAAUUUGACAAAAGAACAUAUUUUUUUAUUGUAUAAGAAUAUUCGUCCCUGCCUUGUCGUUUGAGGAUUUAAAAUGACGAGAAAAUGAUCGAAUCGAUUAAAAAGUGAAUUUUUUAGUCAUUUCCUUGUUUUAUUUUGACGUGAUUUCUUGUUCUGCUUGGGUGAGACUCACACUGUGAACUUUUAUCGCUGAAACGCCUCUAAAAGCGGACUACAAGCCUUCUGAUUGGCCACUUUUGGAGACUACUUUUAGCGGCAAAAAAAAGUCCAGAAUAUGAGCCCGAGUGGGACCAUGUUCGACGUCAUUCGUCCUUGCCUCGCGAGUCGCGCGCGCUUCUCGAAGGCGCGUGAAGUUCACACGUUAUCUUCGUCAUCGAUCAUCACUAUCGAUUGUGCGCUCGAGCUCGGCGCUUUUCGGCAGAGCCGCCUACCAGUCGAACGUUAAUCGCGCGCCUAUCGUGACGAGCGUGUUUCGCGUCCGCGAAACGUCCCCCGGAGUCAAUAUUUACCAGCUCGAAAGUCCACGCGCGAGCGCGCGUGACGUAAAAGCAAUCGCGGUCGCGCGCCGGCUCCUGGCGAGGUGCAGUUGCCGUCGUAACACCCUCUUCGCCGCCGGCGCGUUUUGUUAUCGGACGGCGCGAGUUCAUCGCGAACAGCGGUCGGUGUUUGCACAUUCCGAGAUUCUCGAGAGAGAGAGACUCCUCGAGAUCGACGACGACGCCAGGCGUCCCGACCAAGUGUGCCGUCGACGAGACGCCGCGGCAAGAGGUGAGAACGAGUAGGCAGAGGAAGAAGAUGAAGAAGAAGGAGACUGGACGCAUUUAACGGUCAAUUGUGCUCCAAACGUUCAUCCAGCCUGGAUUUGUCCGCGGCUUCUGUCCACCUUCGAUAGAACCCUUUCUCCACGCAUCUCGUCGCCGACAGCGAACCAUCUCCGAGUCGUUCCUCGCUCUGCGCCCACGGGGAAGGAAGUCAGGAUGGAGUCGCGGCAGGAGGAAUAUGGACUGGGGUACCAGAACACUUUGAUGUAUGGCCGCUACACGAAGGACCUGGGUGAGUACGCGAAGGAAGAGGCACGGCGGCUCAAAUACCACGAGAAGGCGAGGCGGAAGUAUGACAAGACGCGGGCCGAGGAACUGCGGAAGUCCAGGCGGGGUCCUUUGUGCAGGAAGCUGCUGGCCCUGUUGGCCUUCGCCUGGAAGCACACCGGCGCCCGGCUAGGCGAGGACUGGGUCUUCCUGGCUCUUCUCGGCAUCAUCAUGGCUCUCAUCAGUUACGCCAUGGACCGCGGCAUCUCCAUGUGCAACAACGCCAGGAUAUGGCUCUAUCACGAUCUCACGACGCAUCCGGCCCUCCAGUAUCUGGCCUGGGUCUCCUUGCCAAUGUGCCUGAUCCUCUUCAGUGCCGGCUUCGUGCAUAUAGUCGCGCCACAAAGCAUCGGUUCCGGCAUCCCGGAAAUGAAGACCAUUCUUCGCGGUGUAGCGUUGAAGGAAUACUUGACUUUCCGCACCCUAAUCGCUAAGGUGAUCGGCUUGACGGCGACCUUAGGAUCGGGGUUGCCGCUCGGCAAGGAGGGUCCGUUCGUGCACAUCGGCAGUAUCGUCGCGACCCUCCUCUCCAAACUGGUCACGAGCUUCCAGGGCAUCUACGAGAACGAGAGCAGGAACUGCGAGAUGUUGGCGGCCGCCUGCGCCGUCGGCGUCGCCUCCUGCUUCGCGGCGCCAAUCGGCGGCGUGCUCUUCAGCAUCGAAGUCACCACGGUGUACUUCGCUGUGAGAAACUAUUGGAGGGGUUUCUUCGCGGCGGUAUGCGGCGCCACGAUGUUCCGUCUACUGGCGAUCUGGUUCCAGCGCGAAGAGACCAUCACGGCAAUGUUCGCCACCAACUUCACCAUGGACUUCCCCUUCGACCCGCAGGAGCUCUUCGUCUUCGCUCUGAUCGGCGUCGGCAGCGGCUUGGGUGGCGCUUUCUACGUCUGGUUGCAUCGCCAAUACGUCAUCUUUAUGCGGAAGAACAAAAGCAUGAACAACUUCCUGCAGAAGAACCGCUUCCUCUAUCCCGGCAUCGUGUCGCUUUUGGUGUCGUCCGUGUCGUUUCCACUGGGACUCGGCCAGUUCAUGGCCGGCGAUCUGAAUACUCACGAUCAGGUUUACGGGCUGUUCACCAAUUUCACUUGGACGAAGAAGAACCUCGUCGCGGAGGAAAUGAACAUCGUGAAGCACUGGUCGACUCCGUAUACCGACGUCUUCAGCGGUCUCCUCGGUUUCGUCCUAUUCACCUUUAUCUUCUCCAUCAUAAGCUCCACGGUACCGGUACCGUCCGGGAUCUUCAUUCCUGUCUUCAAGAUCGGCGCCGCGCUCGGCAGAGCGGUAGGAGAAGCUAUGGCUCUCUGGUUCCCCACCGGUGUGCGCUACGGCGGAAUAAUUACGCCCAUUAUACCAGGUGGAUACGCGACAGUGGGCGCGGCCGCAUUCUCCGGCGCGGUGACGCACACAAUAUCCGUCAGUGUCAUCAUCUUCGAGAUGACCGGUCAAAUCACCCACAUCGUGCCCAUCAUGAUAGCGGUGCUAAUUAGCAACGCGAUCGCCGCGCUUCUGCAACCGAGCAUUUACGACAGCAUCAUCCUCAUCAAGAAGCUGCCAUAUCUGCCCGAUCUGCUGCCGUCCAGUUCAGGAAUGUACAACGUUUACGUCGAGGACUUCAUGGUUCGCGACGUGAAGUACAUAUGGCACGGUAUCUCGUAUCAAAAGUUGAAGGAGAUACUGAAGGAGAAUCGCAAGCUUCGCGGAUUUCCGCUGGUGGAUAAUCCAGACUCGAUGAUUCUGCUCGGCUCGAUUCAAAGGCUGGAACUGAUCAAGCUCAUCGAGAAGCACAUCGGCCGUGAGAGGAGAUUGCAGGUCGCGCAAAAAUGGCACAAGGAAGCGGAGGAAAGGGCGCGCGAGGAAAUGGAACGGCAGCUACGCGAACAAGAGAGAACCAGGAGGCCCUCGAGAUUCGAGGUCAUACCGGCACCAGACAUUCUCAAGAUGCAGCGGCAGAGUGUUAAUGAUCUAACGAUGUCGGCAAACAACGGCGGCGCUCCCGAUCAUCAUACCUUCCACUCGCCGGUAUUCGGCUCGCAACCGAAGAAGUCUAUCUUGAAGAAGACGAAUUCCUUCACACUGAAGGGUUUCAGUCCGUUGGUCAGUCCGGCGGUAACACCUUACACAACUGUUACAGGCGCAGAAAGCAGGAUACGCCUGGCAUUCGAAGCAAUCUUCCGCAAGUCUGCCACGUUACAGGACGUAGACCCUGAUCCAGACUUAGGCACAGGCGGUGGUACCAGACGCGAAAGUCAAGAAGCUCUGAACGUGCCGCCUCAUACACCCAUGUUAGCACCCAGUCCGGCAACUUCGAAGAAAGUACAAUUGCCUCGAGAGAGGGUGAUCGACAUGUCGGCGGAGGAUCAGAAACGGUGGGAGGAAAGCGAGAUGGCACUCGAGGUGGACUUCUCGAGAUGUCACAUCGACCCGGCGCCGUUCCAGCUAGUCGAGAGAACGUCCUUGUUGAAGGUCCACAGUCUGUUCAGCAUGGUUGGCGUCAAUCACGCUUAUGUGACGGCUAUAGGAAGGCUGGUCGGCGUCGUUGCGUUAAAAGAGCUGAGGAAAGCGAUCGAGGACGCGAACGCCGGGAUCCUGCCCAUGCAUUCCGAGUUGCAUAUCGGCGUGUCGGACUCCAGCUUGGCGAAGAGCGAGACGGACACGGAGAGCAAAAACGUCAACACGAUUAUCACCAUCAAUUCCGUAGACAGCGAGAAGGUGGAUAAAGUUUGAGAUAGAGCCGAGUCGAGCCGAGAUGAGACAAGUAGAAACAUAUUGUGAUAGCCAUGUCCUGCCGCUUCUGCGACGUGGCCCGAACGAAAAUGCGAGAGAGCAGUGUUUCAUCGAUUUCUCUUCCCUUCCUUUCGUGAUUGUUCCUUCCGCGAUUCGGGCGACGAGCCACGAGCGAUCGCGCAACGACAAUUAACUCUCAAACACUUCUCUCGUACUUAAGUCUAAGGUGAACGAAAGUUAAACGCCAAGGAAAGACGCGAGUGUGUAAGUAUAGUAUUAUCGUGGCGACUUCCUCGGGACUUCCUAUUCAGUUCUAACGUAACUAAUUGACGAUUGAUAUUAAUAGUGUGAUCCGUUGCCCGCAUCUGCGCGCAAACACUAUCGUGCCGGAUGCAUGUUUACGCUACGUCGAGAUUAGUAGAAUUUGUACAUUUGUUAAGAUAAUGUGCAUGCAUAUGUAUAUUAACACGUCGGCACCGGCAAUAUCGGUGUUCGGGACAGUCAUUUUAUCAGAGAACGGAGCAAAAAUCGCACGCUGUGCCGAGCGCCAGAGCGAGUCGUAUUCGGGCUGCGAAUUGCGCGAGAACUCGCAGCGUUGACGUGCGAGAUUCACGGACGAGAGCGCGCAUUCACAAGAAGAUGCUGUGAGACAUGAGUCUACUAUUACUAUGUAAGCCAUAACUAUAAGCCAAUACCGAUAAACGCAAGCUUUGACGGCGCGAAAGUAACUCAAAGUGCCAAAAGCGGCGACACAAUACGAUUCCGAUGGAACGCGUAAUUCACGUGUUGCAAGCUCAUCAUUUAGGAUUACUUCUACGCCAAAUGGUCCCUCAGCUAGUAAUCGUUUUGCUAUGGUUGUGCCACACUAUUAUUUAUUAAUAUGUGAUUGUUAAUUAUUGUUAUUUAAGUAUGCGAGGCAAUGAAAUACCAGAUCGAACAUGGCGAGGAAGCACGGAAGAUUCUUUUUCGUCCUGCAAGGCUCUUAAUUAUUCGAAAACGAAGGUGAAAAAUAAUAUCCCACCUAUCUUUUCGGUGAGCAUUGAUUUUCAGUAACGCACUUAUUAGUUUAGAAUUCAUUAUAGGAUCAGUCAAGUACGGUCGUAUGUGUGUGUCGUAUGGUUCUCAUCUAAAAGUGUGAUUGAGAAUUCGGUGGAUACUUUGGAUAAACAGAAUUUGAAAUACGCGUGCAACAGAAUGAAGAGUAUCUUCUUGCUUGACUCACAAUGUUAGAUAAACAGUUAGAAAGUUAGAUAGAAGAUUACGCAUAUCGCAAUUAUUAUUCUGAUAAGCUCGUUAAGUAAUCCAGACGAUGUUGUUUUUACUGGACCUUGCAUUGUUACGGUCGGUAAGCCCAGAGCAGCUAACGUCGUUUUAAUAUUCCGCUCCAUUGAGUUGACUGCGAGAGUCAUCGGCAACGCCCGAAGUAUAUAUUUCACAUUCCACAGGACUAGAUCUUCAUCAUGCUAGAUUGUAUAUUUAUUACGUCAGAAUUGUAUGCGAUGACAUCCCGUUCGUCGAAUGUAAAUACACCGCACGUUGUGAGGAAAAGACAUUAAAUAAUUUAUUACGUUUA